AUGCUGCUGAGCUACGCAUGCACAAAGGCCAUGCUAGCACUUAAGAGUCUGAUGUGCUGGAUUGGCCUCUUGCAGUCUGACAGGUGUGCUGACACUCGUGCCAGUGGAGCAGGAAACAAUUCGGGCAUGGUACUGUCACAAAUUGCUACGUUGGGCGGAACGCCCGUCCAGUACGUACAGCAACCUAUCGGAACAUAUUGCAUCGACGGGGUGGAGAUAACGUCGCUGGCGGAGUGCCAGGCGGCGGUGACGUCUCUGGGACUGCCUUUCUUCUCCUCGACGCUGCACCACUCCAAUCAGAUGCCGUACGGGUGCUUCUACACGAACGGCGCCACCCCGCUCGUCCGCCACAAUCGGUGCGGGGCGGCCUGCGACGGGACGCUGCACGCCUGCUCCGAGUGUGGACCGUCGUCGACCGACUCGAGCGCCAUCUGCAAACAGGGGAUGACCUCACAGCCUACGCCGGCGCCGCCAAUGGUUCUGGCGCCCACGCCUGCGCCGUGGGUGGCGGUGGGGACCGUGCACCUGGAACCACACCCUCUCGGAAUAGACUGCUCCGAAGAUUCACAGGUAGGGUCCAUGGCCGAGUGCCAGUAUGCGGCAAGCUCGCUGACGGUUUCGUAUCUGAUUUCUAUGUCGGUGGAUUCGUCCGAAUUCCCACACGGGUGCCACUACCAGCCUGGAUCCUCACCGACUGCUCAAAUACUGUAUUUCAACACCUGCUCCGACUGCGGCCCCCCGUCGGAUGUGGCACACGCGAUCUGCAGGCAGGUGCCGACUCCUCAGCCCUCUCUGGCGCCGUGGGUGGCGAGCGCAUACGAGUACGAGCAGCUCCCUGUCGGGACAGCCUGCCCUUCCGGCCCAGACGUGGCUUCGAUGGAGGAGUGCGAGCAUGCGGCGACCAUUCUGAAUAUCCAGUACUUCUCCUCGAGCAUCAUCGACUCGAACGACAUGCCACAUGGGUGCUACUACACCCCAGGGGCCACCCCGAUUAUGGUGUUCAACUCCUGCGCCAGCUGCGGGUCCUCGCUGGCCACUUCGAGUGCGAUCUGCAGGUCGUCCACAGCCGCCCCGACCGCUCUCCCGACGCUGGCUCCGGCCCAGCAGCCAACGUCGGCAGUGACGACGCCGACCUCGGAGCCGACUCUGGCUCCGACUAUGCAGCCAAGCCCGCCGACGCCGGCGCCGACUCAAGCGCCAACGCCGGCUCCGACUCCACAGCCCACGGGGGCACCGUCGCCGACGCUGCCGACCCCAUCGCCGACCUUCCUGCCCCCGCUGGCGACGUCGUGCAACGGGACAAUCCCAUGGCUCCAGAUCGGUUUCGCCAUGGACUGCACUGGCACAACCAACUCGUACCUCGCGGCCCUGAAGACGACGGUCUACGAGUUGGCGAUCCAGUUCAACGCGUCAGUCGACAUACUACAGAUGGCGUUCCUGUGCUACCGCGACCACACUGACGUGAAUCCUCCCCGUUAUGAGUGGGCAGCCCAUCCUGAACCGUACGCCCAUUGGUUCACCGACCCUGUCCUGCUGCAGAGCGCAAUUGCGCCCUUCUACUCCUCGGGCGGCGGCAACUAUGCGGAGGACAACGCUGGCGCGAUGGGGAAGAUGCUGCAGGAGAAGCCGUGGGAUCCGAGCGCUAUGAAGAUCCUCAUGGUGAUCUCGAAGGACAGGGACUCCAUGCGGACGCCGUACGACACCGACGCCAGCCAGUGCCAGCUCAUGCAGGACAUCCGGGCGAAAAAUAUCAGCCUGAUCCUGGGGCACUUGGACACCGAUACGACGACCUCGAUGCUGUACGACUCCACGUACAAACCAACGCUUCCAUGGCGCGGAUGCUACGCAGACCCCUCCGAUGCAGAGCAGAUGAAGGAGAUCCAGUUUAUGGGCCUCAGCCCCGAGAACUUCAGCGCCCUGUUGAUCGACGAGGUCCGCGACUCCAGCUUCAACGCGUUGUGUCCUUCGGUGCCGACUGCGCAGCCGACGCCAGCGCCGCCGACUGCAGUGCCCGCGCUGGCCUCGCCGACUUCGGCGCCCACGCUGGCGCCGUGGCUGGCGAACUCGUGGGAGUACUUGGACCACCCUUUCGGAGAGUCUUGCUAUCCCGACUCAGCCGUAAAGUCGAUGGCGGAGUGCGAGCAUGCAGCGGCGUCUCUGGGGUUGGGCUACAUCGUUUCGAGCCCCGUCGACUCGAAUGGGCUAUCAUACGGAUGCCACUUCACACCUGGAGCCUCCCCAUUACUCGUUUUCAAUGACUGCUUCGAUUGCGGGACUGCGUCCACUAAUUCACAUGCCAUAUGCAGACAUGUGCCAACUCCGCAGCCCACGCAAGCACCGUGGGAGACGAACUCCUACGGCUACGAGGAGCCACGCCCCGUGGGAACGCAAUGUUUGGUUGGCUCAGAAAUACUGUCAAUGGCAGAGUGUCAGUAUGCGGCACAUUCAAAGGGGAUGUAUUUCAAUGUGUCCAGUUUGAUUGAUUCGAGUCUAUUACCGUAUGGAUGCCACUAUAUACCCGGAGCCAGCCCACACCUCGUUUUCAAUGAAUUUUCCGAAUGUGGGCUUGCGUCGAUCACAACAAAUGCACAAGCGAUCUGCGAACAAGAGGUGACUGCUCAUCCAACCCAGGCACCGUGGACGACGCACGCGUUGCAGUACACGGAACUCUCUGUUGGAGCAAAUUUCGGGAGCCUUGAGACGGGGGUCAAUCCAGACGGGGGUCAGCCAGGGCGCCAGAUCCUGCAGGAUCCUGCGAAGAUUCCCUCUGGCUGA